AUGGGCCACAAAGUCUCUGCUGUCGCCGGCGUCAAAUCAGAAAACUUCACUGCACCCGGCAACGCUAUCAACGAAAUCUGGGUUGGAAACACCGAAGUCAUAUCUCGUUUACCUUUCGGCGAUAGCGACAUGGCUCAAGCCGGUUGGCCUGAGAGCGGCAUGCCAAAGAUACCGUGGCAUAAUUUCAUCAUUCCCAUGAAGCGGGACCUCAGCACUUUCGACGACCUCAAAGGUACUAUUCCACACGCCUAUGUCAACUGGACCACGAUUACCGAGUGGCCCGCAGACAAGUUGAUUUGCUGCAACCAGCUCGGUUGCAUGACGGACAAUCAUACCACUGAUUACAUGUUCACGCAACUCCGCAUCAGCCGGGACCCAACUCUCAUGGUUGUUCUUGUUAUCUUGUCACUCUUCACCCUGGUUGCUCUGCAAAUUCCGUGGAGAAAAUGCCCAUGCGACCCAGUGUAUGACUCGACCAAAAGUUACACCAAGAGUGACGUCCACGGAUUUUCAUUCAAAGUUUUGGUAUCCACCAUUGUUAGUGUUGUCGGCCUAGUUCUUGCCGCGAUAUCUGUGGCCCUUUGGGUCAAGGCACACUACGUGUACCAACUCGAAACUUGGAAUUUUCUGCUGAUCGAGUAUGGGUUCUACGUUGUAGUGAUACUUUCGGGGAUUCUUUCUAUGUUCGCUGUGUACAGCAACUGGUGCGACUGGAUGAAGGUUACUCGGAGCGCCAGACGAGGGUAUCAGCCGGUUAACAACGAACAUUCUGAGGGUACUGGGGAUAAGCCGGAGCAAUUUUGA